UUCCUCCUCUAGUCAGAGUCAGGCUCGUCUCGUCUCCGGCCGCGUAGCGUGUCCUGGACGACAGUGCGACCGGCACGGCGAGCGCUCGUGUGCGUGCGUGAGUGUGCGUUGUGGGACCCGAGCGGAUACCGAGCUUGUGUGCGUGUGUGUGUGUGUGAGUGGGCGCGCGGGGCUAUGCUCGUGUGAGCGCCAAGCGCCAUGAUCCAAAGCCCCCUGCUGGGCUACUCGGCCUUCUCCCAGCUGCUGCAGCGGUGCGCCCCGAGCACGCCGAUGACGUCCCCGCCCGGCGCCCUGGGCAGCGCCCUGGGCGGGCCCCGGCUGCCCCCGCAGGCCGCGCCGCCGCCGGCCGUCCCCCAGUUCCUCACCUCGUCGCUGCUGCAGCACCUGCAGCUGCCCCAGCUGCAGCAGCACCAGCACCUGGCGUGCCCGUCUCCGCCCUCGCCCGGGUCGCUGAGCAGCGUGUCGCCGAGCCCCAGCAGCUCGCCGCCGACCAGCCUGGGUGCGCUCAGCGGCCUCGGCCUCGCCUCCGGGCACGGCGUCAAGUCCUUCACCAUCGACGCCAUCCUGGGCCUGAGCGCGGCCAGCUCGACGCCCCGGCACGACGGCAGGUUCCUGCACCAGCACUACGCCCUGCAGGAGCCCGUGUCCGAGCCGUCCUCCCCCACGGACCUGUCCCUAGGGGGCGGGCCGCGACCGCCGCAGCAUCUCAGCAGAGCAGGUCUGGAUCAGGUGAAGAAGCAAGGCGGAGGCGGCAAGUGCAAGCGGGUGCGGACCAUCUUCACGGCGGACCAGCUGGAGCGGCUCGAGGCCGAGUUCGAGCGCCAGCAGUACAUGGUGGGGCCGGAGAGGCUGUACCUCGCGCAUGCCCUCAACCUCACCGAGGCUCAGGUGAAGGUUUGGUUCCAAAACCGGAGGAUAAAGUGGAGGAAGCAGCACCUGGAAGUGGAGCAGCAGCGCCUGGCUGCCAUCAAGCAGCACCCCCAGCAGCAGCAGCAGCCCGCGCACCUCCCGCACCCCCAGCUCGAGCAGGACGACGACGAGCACAGCGAGGACAGCGUCAUGUCCGAGGACAGGACGUGCUACUUCCCCUCCAUGGUGAUGCCCAACGGGCUGGCCUCGUCGGCCCCGGACGACCACGGCCACCGCGACCACGGUCACGGCCUCGUCGGCGUCCUGGCGGCCAGGGCGCCCCCCGAGCACGACAUGCAGGCGCCCGCCGCCCCGCCCGCACCCAGCGAGGACCGCGACGACGGCGACGCGGACCUCGGUCCGCUCGAGCACCGCGCCGUUCAGUGAGACCACUAUGUGGCCGCAUAUGGCCACCGCACGCGAUUCAAGCUGUGAAUCAUAUUCUUGAUAGAUUUCUGUUCUGUACGUAUAUACUCCGCUUCCAGACGAGUUUGGGAAGUUUUCCAAAGACUGAUCAAAAUUUGCAACGUUAAAAGUAUACACAUUUGCAAACGUGCCAUAAUCUUAAUGAAAAGUCAGUUUAAUUAGUUGUUUAAAUGAGGGAAUGAUGUUUGAAAGCAAAUAUUAUUCAUAAUGUUUAUUGUGUCAUGAUAGUGACAGAGGUCCGCAUCUCUGUAGUAGUUUGAAGGUUUUCUUUCCCUUUCUGAUAUAUGUGAUUGUAGCAUUAAAAAUAACUGACCGUUGGUCAUACCUGUACAUAAGUGUGAUUUCGGUUGCUUGAGUGUUACGGGAAGAUAUCGCCAUAACGCACCACCGAAAACCCCUGCAUGUAAACUGUGUAAGUAAACGAAUAGAGGAGUAUUUUUCAAUCUGUGAUCAUUGCCUUCCUGGCAAAAAGUGUUAUUCUUGUGAAAAGAAUGAAAAAUUCUCGUGAUGACGAGAAUGAAAAUGAAAGCAUUCUAUCAAUGUCAUUAUCAAAAAGUUUAAAAAAAAUAAAUUUUGACUUG